GGAUGAGGAAGUGGUUCUCCAGAUCCAAACCUGCAAUUUUUAUCUGGUUCCUCUGUGUUCUUACCUUCUAUGCUCUCUUCAACAUCGCCAUCCACAAUUCAUCAGUGCUUCGCUAGAAACUUGAAUGAUGAGCAAUGAAAUGGCUACAGAAUGCUCCGUCUCGAAUCAUGAAAAGAGAUUGAGAUUGUAUGACAAGAUGGAAAGGGAUUUAGAGGAGCACGGUGCUGCUUUCCUUAAACACGGAGAAACUUCUCAAUCACUCGCCCUGUCGGAUUUGUUCACUCUCAAAGAUGGGGUUGUCACUCCUGUGCUGAAGGCUGCAAACCCCCCUGUGCGAGCAAAUGUGUUACAUUUGGAUGUUGAAUAUUCUGUCUAUAUAGCGUAAGUAUGUCUCUGCUUGUCUCUCUUGGCAUUCUUUCCGAGGCUGGGAAGUAUUCUUAAGCGAAACAUUACUAAUUAGCCUAAUUACAAAAUGCUGUCUUUUGGGCUUUAAGGGGUUUGCAAUUGCAUAUUCUUGUGAAAUAGUUAAGUUAUAAAAUGAGCAUUGUAUCUUUGGUACUCCCUCCGUCCAAAAAUUAUCUUCCCGUUGCGCGUUACGAUAUUCGACUCAAGUUAUUUUCAAAUCAUUUUACAUGAAAAAUGGUAUUAAAUUAAAAAAUAAAAAUUGCAUAUUUAAAAACUACAUCAAAAGAUCUACAAAACUAGAGGUGACAAGACUAUAUUAUUUUAUCAAAUAGGCAACGAAAAUAGGCCAACAAAGUGAAAAAAGUUUGACCCCGUUAAUAGUGAACGGGAAUAUAAUUUUUGGACGGAGGGAGUACAUCAGUAGGGACAUGGGGGACCUAGAGUCAGGAUAUAAGCUUUGAACCUCGACCAAUGUCUAGAAAAUUACACAAGGGGUGGUUUAAGAUGUGAUGGUUAUCUACUUCUAAUUAUAUUGGUUAAUACGUUAAAUGUAACUUCUUAUUCUUAAAAAGGCCGGCCAUGGUCAAUAUAUUCCAGGCCUAUUAAAAUCAUCAAAUGUUGUUUUCUUUUAGUAACAUCACUUUAAUAUCUCAGUUUUCUCUUAUGUCCUUGCUGGAAGUUGCCUCCUCCUUUUAUAUGUUUGUAUAGUUUAUUCGAUAUUGUUACAUAGGGAGGCUGUAAGGACCAUGUUUGCACCAUACUUUGAAAAAGGUAAGCUAUCUUUUUAUUUUUUAAGUAACCUUUAUCUUCAAGCUCUAAUGUUCGGUGAAUUCUCUUUGUUCAUGUUCAACUUUAUUUGGUUUUUUUUGCUUUUCUUCUCUGUGUAUACCGAGUCCCUCAAAUGAAGGGUUUGGGCAUUUGCAUUGUGUAAUUGGUUUAUUAUUUUUAUGAUCUUAGAAAAGUAAUCAGAAGUGUGUUAGUCUUUUUUAAAUCUGAUAGUUAAUUUGAUAUCAUAGCCUUAUCUUUUUCUCCUUCCUAGUUUUAUUUUCUUUACUGAACUAGUAUUGCCCAUCUAUUUUCAGUACUUCAAAAACACUGUCAACUCCAAUCACCAAGGUAAGGUGACCAGACAACUCAGGAACAUCAUACACAACUCUCCAAAAUGGACGGUCCAUGUAAGCCAACACAUGCGUAAUCACAUUCAGCCUUUGUUCCGGUCAUUUACUUCACAUGUUCUACCACACACUAACAAUAACAUUAAAUCGAAGUAACUUGGGGUUGUGCUACAUGAAUCAAGAGGAGAAUCACCUUUUAAUUAUUCAAAAAUAUGGUUUCUUUCCAUUCCUUUCUGUCCAUAGCCACCCUCUUGUGCAUAUUUCACGUAAGAAAAAUCACUCCUAAUCACUUCCUCCCACGUGUUUUUUGGGUCUCCCUCUUUUACAAAAAUCAUUUAUCCAGCCAUUUAUUUUCUAACAGUGUGUUACUAGGUCUUCUUUGCAUGUGUUGAAACCACUGUUGUCGAUACUCUGACAACAUAUCUUCGAUAGAUGCCACUUCCACCUUUUUUAAUGUUA